AUGGCACAAUCUCUCGGAAUCAGGGCCAAUGCGCUUUCUCGCAAUGCCCCUCGCUCGAUAUCCCUACACGCAUACGGACCGACGACUGUCUUCUUCUCCGACACACAAUGCCGCUCGUUCUCUCAAAGUCUAGCUCCCAAGGCAAAAGGUGGUGGCAUCAUGACAGCACAGCCAGUCAUGCCCAAAAUGCAACCGGAGAUGAGUUUCAGGAGCAGGUUGCGAGAUAUCAGGCCUGAAGACAUGCCCACGGAUUUUGGUUUAUUACCGGGCACCUUCGUGAAGCCAGAAGGGAAAGAUAUGCCCGACCUCUUUAAAGAGCCUAAAGAUCGAUUACGCAUGGAAUGGGUAUGGCUAAAAAAUUGGUUUUCCAACGUGAUUGGAACGCUCUACUACCACAAGUGGAAUUUCAAACCGGGCCUCCCAUUGGAACUUAGAGAGCGGAGAGAAAUAGGGAAGAAUCUCCAUCACACAAUGUACACAGAAUUCGCUCGCGGCAACGAACGACUUAUACGGGAAAAAUGCUGUCCAGGCUUAGCCAAAAACCUCAUUUAUCGUAUCAAGAAACGAAAUGUCGAUGAAAGGGUUUCCUGGAGCAUCGAAAAAUACAACCGCACGCCAUCCACAUUCUUCACUGGGAUUCGUGUGCUGUCAGAUCGCGCAACCACAAUACCCGAUUUCGCAGAUUCGGGAAUCCGACAGAUCGUGCUACGUAUUAGCAGCCAGCAGAGCAGGCAAACAUUCUCGGCGGCGUCGGGCCACCUCUCAGCGUUAUCGGCGCCAGUCAAGACCCAGGACUGCACCGAGUACAUCGUUAUACAGAAAGUGAGGAUAAACGGCAUUCAAAAAGACUGGGAGAUUUGGGGCUUUACUAAGCCGACCACGUUGGAGGAUCUGGAGAGUCCUUACUUUGCGACGGGCCUUACUUUCAAAGAGCGGGUGCAGGCUAUGCAGGAUAUGAUGACGGGGAAGCGCGGUGCAUCUAGGGAUCCAGCUCGUUUUACCUCGAACAUGAUGAAGCUAUCACAGCUGCUUGCAAGCAACCGAAAGCCAUGGGCUUUGCGACUUCGAGCCAGCAACUGGUUUACCGUGUUUGUGGUCACCUUUGCCGUGUUCACUGAUAUUUUUCUUUAUGGGGUCAUUGUGCCUGUGAUUCCGUUUGCUCUGCAGCAUAGAGCGAAUGUAGAUGCCACUCGGGCAAUAUGUGGCUGGUUCUCAGACACCAUUUCCAUGCGUCGAUUGCCGCUCCUCCUCGGCCUGGCGGCUCUCCUCGGCGCAACAAUCAUGCUGAAUGUGGCCACUAGCCUGGCCGUGUUCAUCAUUGGGCGUCUCCUCCAAGGAAUCAGCGCCGCGGUUGUCUGGGUCGUUGGACUCGCGCUCAUGGCGGAUACUGUGCCCAGGGAGAUGCUGGCGCAGUACAUGGGAUACGUGAGCCUGGGGAUGACCUCUGGCUUCAUGCUUGGUCCUCUCCUGGGAGGUAUUCUGUAUCAGAGAACGGGAUAUAAUGGAGUCUGGGCCUUGUGCUAUGCAUUCAUCGGACUGGAUUUCGUGCUUCGUAUUGUCCUUAUUGAGAAGAAGGAUGCAAAGCGUUGGAUUGAGGAUACUAGUAAUGAAAUACCGAUUGAGGAAGGUGUUGUGAUCGAGAGUUAUCAAGACAAUGUCGACCACCCCCAUGCACCUGGGUCGAAAGAGCAGAAUGUCGACGGUUUACCAGCAGUACAGCCGACACCAUCCUCACCGCCAGACCUUCUUUCCGGACUGGGAAGCUCCAGCGCUACCUCCAAGUUAACGCAGAAACUUCCUGCCGUCGUUGCUUUGCUCGCAUCCCGCCGUCUCCUCGCAUCCUUGUUUGCCUCCAUUGCGCAAGCCACUCUCAUCGCUUCCUUCGACUCAGUACUCCCGCUCUUCGUCAGCGAGACCUUUUCAUGGGGCUCAUUGCAAUCUGGCAUUCUGUAUCUCGCCAUCGUCGUCCCAACACUGGCAUCGCCAGCAUUGGGGUAUCUAGGCGACAAGUAUGGGGGCCGCUGGUUCGCCGCAGCUGGGUUCCUCCUCGCCUGUCCCAUGUUCGUGCUAUUGCGUCUGGUCACUCACAACUCGAUCUCGCAAAAGGUGCUCCUGGUCGCGCUCCUUGUGCUCAUUGGGCUUGCUAUGACGCUGAGUUUCCCGCUCAUCAUGGCGGAGAUUACACAUAUUGUGAGUGCCAAGGAACGGUCGAGACCGAAGGGCACGUUUGGUGCCAAGGGGGGCGCAUAUGCGCAGGCUUAUGGUCUAUUUAACAUGGCGUUUGCAGUCGGUACGCUGAUUGGGCCUAUCUGGGCUGGGUUGAUCAAGCAGGACUAUGGCUGGGCGACCAUGGCCUGGACACUGGGGCUGUUGAGUGGUGUGACUGCCGUGCCGUGUGUGAUCUGGGUUGAUGGCAGUAUAAGGAAAAGGAGGAAGAGGAGGAUGGAGCUGAUGCCGUAG